UCUUGGUGCUUGAGCUACAAGCGGCCACGUUGAACCUCGUACAGUACUGUGCCAAGCUCGCUCGUCGACGACACCGUCCGCAGUCACGGACUUGCAGUGAUCCAGCAACUACGAACUCAUAGCAAUCAGAUGACUGCCCGUCCAUCCAGCUACUCCUUUGCCUGCUCCGGCUGGCUCAAGACCUACCACUUUGGCGUCGCCAAGGCGCUCCAGGACCUCGGCCUCCACCGCGACGCGACUGUCCUCGGCUCGUCCGGCGGCUCGCUCGCAGCGCUCGGCCUCGCGCUCGACGGCGAUUUCGAUGCUAUGGUGCACGGCGUCGUCAACGACUUUGUGCCUCUCGCCCGGGCGUCGCUCGCUGGCGCCUGCAACGUGCGCGCCUACCUGCGCGAAGCCGUCCGUCGGUAUGGCAACUUUGAGCGCAUCACGGAGCUCAACGAGACGCAAAAGUGCAUCGUUGUCUACUCGAGCAUCUCCAAGUGGCGCUCGCGCCGCGUGAGCACCUUCUCGGACGCCGAGCAUGGCGUAAGUGCGGUGCUGGCGUCGUGCUGCGCGACGCCGAUCGCCGGCUUCCCAUUCCACCUCAACGGCGAGUGGGUCUUCGACGGCGGCAUCUUUGACUUCCAGCCCGUCGUGGACGAGACGACGGUCACGGUCAGUCCGUUCUACUGCACGCAGGCCGACAUCAAGCCGUCCCAGUACGUGCCCAUGUGGUGGGCCGUGUAUCCGCCGGCGCCCGAGAGCAUCCAGUGGCUCUACGAACUCGGCAAGGCCGACGCCUACGCCUGGGCCAAGAAGAAGGGCUUUACGACCCGCGCCGUGGUCCCGCCUGUCCGGUGGGGUGCGCAUGCGUACCGCACGAGCCUCGGGCGCUUCCUCGGGUACAAGUUCCUCGAAAACAAGAUCCUCGACGUCCUCUUUGUGACGGCGGUCGUCGCGCUCUGGAAGCCGUUGGCGUUCGGCCUCCUCUACGCUGAGCUCUGGAUGCGCGCGGUGCUCAGCGCCGGCCAUGCCGCGGCGUAUGCCUUUGCGACCGCCGGCCAAUGGACGCUGACUGCUGUCCUGGCCGUCAUGAUGGGCUUCUUUGCCAUCAGCGCUUUGGCCCCAUACGGCGUCAACGCGCUCUUGGGGCCCGUGCUCUGCUUCCUCCUCGGCGCAUUCUCGUCGUCCGGGCGCCUCGAGAUGGGAGCGGCGGUCGACAAGUGGCGGCAGUGCGUCACGUGCGUCCAGAUCGCGUGCAGUAUGUCACUCUUCCUGCGCUCGAUCCCGAUCGUCGGCGCGUCGGUCCACGUCAAGAAGCACAAGUACCUCGUCGAGCACUCGCUCGUCUACCGCGUCAUCACGCACUGCGUGUAAGCGCGUCCUAUCUAAUCUAAUCAACUUAACCCGCUUUGUAUUCGGCUCAAA